UAUUAUUAUUUUUUAUCUAGCAACCCAAUAUAGAAUCCCAACCAUCACCGCUCCGUCGUCUUCAACCCCACAUUGGCCAUUUUCAUCAUCACUGAAAGCAAUCAAAGAUCAAUCGAAACCAAUUCUGGUCAAACCCAUUUCCGUUUUUGUCAAUCUAGAUAGACUGGAUGAAGAUCACGGCGUUGUUGGUGCUGAAAUGCAACCCGGAUGGAUCAUCCGAUCCGGUGAUCCUCGCAAACGCUUCGGACGUGAGCCAUUUCGGCUACUUCCAGAGGUCCAGCGUCAGAGAAUUCAUCGUCUUCGUGGGCCGGACCGUAGGGAAACGUACCCCUCCCAACCAGCGCCAAUCCGUUCAACACGAAGAAUACAAAGUACAUUCGUACUAUAGGAAUGGCCUUUGUGCAGUGGGUUUCAUGGACGAUCACUACCCAGUUCGAAGUUCAUUUUCUCUGCUUAACCAGGUCCUAGAUGAGUACCAAAAGAAUUUUGGUGAUUCAUGGAGAGCGGUGAAAGUGGAUAAUACUCAACCGUGGCCCUAUUUGAAUGAAGCUCUUGCCAAAUUUCAGGAUCCUGCUGAAGCUGACAAGUUGUUGAAAAUUCAGAGGGAACUGGAUGAAACAAAAAUUAUUCUUCAUAAGACCAUCGAUAGUGUCCUUGCACGUGGGGAGAGGCUGGAUAGUUUAGUUGAGAAGAGUUCAGAUCUGAGUGCAGCUUCACAGAUGUUCUACAAACAGGCAAAGAAAACCAAUCAAUGUUGUACAAUAUUGUGAGUAUUGUGAGCAUCCGAAGCGUGGGGGCUAUCCCAUGGUGGCAUCUCCUUGUUAUGUUGUGAACUUACUAGGAUAACGAAAUGGUCUGAUUGUUGCUUGUUGAUACCAUUUAUUGAUUUGUUAUUGCAACAGAAUCGGAUUUUUAAUCCUGUAACUUGGUUUUUAGAUUGACGAAUGAAAGUGAGAGUUUGAGACUUAAA